UUUUGAGGCUAAGCUUUUUAGCAAAGACAAGAAAAGAAAGAAAACAAAGAGGCCCAUAAAUUCUUUAUCUUUUUGUGUGAAUAUUUAAGGUGCGAUAUAAAUAUCACACAGACAGCACGCUAUAAAGACAGGUUGAGAGUUGAUUCCAUGAGAAAUGGCGGAUACUACUAGAACAAAAACAUUAACCACAACUACAAAAAAAACAGCUGCUUUCCUUGAAGCCAAAUCCUUUUCCUCUAGUACCCACAAAUUCACUAUCUGCUUUUCCCAUAAUUCCCACCUCCUUAUUUCCCCAUUUUUCUUCAACUUUUUCUUCUAACAGUGGUUAAUGAAGAAUCCCUUUGAGUUGGAAAAGAAUCCCAUUUAUCAAAAUUGAAGCUUUUGCUGGAAUUUUUUGAAUUUUUUCUACAUUUUUAUUGAAGCAGCAGAUUUUUUGUUAACAUAGAAUUCAAAAAAUGGCUGUUGCUAUGGCUUCCAGUGGGAGUAAUUUUGGGCUCUAUGGCAACUUGAAAGCAAUGGAGAAGCAACCCAGUUCAAGGGCAACUACUUUCAUAUGCUCUUUUGGCUUGGAUCCAGUUCAGCUGCCAUGCAUCAUUCCCAGGAGGAGCUUAUCAUCUUCAACGAGUACAUUUAUAUCAAAAGCAUCACCAACUCCAGCUGUGGAGAAUGGAAGUAGUCAGGAGACUGAUGCAGUUCCGACGCCUAUUGUUAUAAUAGAUCAAGAUUCAGAUCCAGAUGCCACUAUUGUCGAAAUCACCUUUGGGGACCGACUUGGGGCUCUCCUCGACACAAUGAAUGCUCUUAAAAGUCUUGGCCUGAACGUAGUCAAGGCAAAUGUAUAUCUCGAUUCUUCUGGCAAACACAACAAGUUUGCUAUCACUAAAGCUUCAACAGGGAGGAAGGUUGACGAACCAGAGUUGCUCGAGGCAAUUCGUUUGACAAUUAUCAACAAUCUGCUCGAGUAUCACCCGGAGUCAAGUUCUCAGUUAGCUAUGGGGGCUGCAUUUGGCGCGACACCACCAAGUGAAAAGGUAGAUGUGGGUGUAGCCACACAUAUCCAUGUCUAUGACGACAGUCCUGAACAAAGCCUGCUCGUCGUAGAGACGGCUGAUCGUCCUGGAUUACUUGUGGAUCUUGUAAAGAUCAUAACUGACAUAAAUAUUGCUGUUAAAUCAGGAGAAUUUGAUACUGAGGGCCUGUUGGCUAAGGCAAAAUUUCAUGUAAGCUACAAGGGCAAAGCCAUCAUCAAGCCUCUUCAACUGGUUCUUGCAAAUAGUCUGCGGUACUUCUUGAGGACACCGAGCACAGAGGAAGGGAGUUUUUGAUACAUCUGCGGAAGAUUGCCGUUAGUAAAACCUUCUGUUCAAGGAUGCAUCUUUCUGCAUAUUCUAAGAAACUCUUUAUCUAAAAAGAUCGCUGUCAACAGCGAGAAGGAUGCUUCCAAGCAUACUUGUUUAUCAGCAUUGUCGUUGUAAUGAUAUCUGAAAAGUUGCUACUCAACAUGGCCAGAUUAAGUUCUAAAAGUGACAUUCUCAUCACAAAUGGAAGAUCCAUUUUUCGAAAUA